AUGGCCCGGGCUCACUGGGGUGGCCACCCCUGGCUUGUCCUCCUCUGUGCUUAUGCCUGGGGCCACCCAAAGUCACUGGACCAGAGAGACGAUGUGAGAAACUGUUCCAUCAGCCCUCCGUACCUUCCAGUUACUGCGGUCAAUACCACAGCGCGGCUCACAGCCCUCCGCCAGCAGAUGUACACCCAGAAUCUCUCUGCCUACAUCGUCCCCGACACAGAUGCCCACAUGAGCGAGUACAUUGGUGAAUAUGACCAGAGGCGUGUGUGGAUUACGGGCUUUACAGGGUCUGCAGGAGUCGCAGUGGUGACCAUGGCGAAAGCCUCUCUCUGGACUGACAGCCGCUAUUGGACACAGGCUGAGCGGCAAAUGGACUGCAACUGGGAGCUUCAUAAGGAAGUUGGCACCACUCCCGUUGUUACCUGGCUCCUCACCGAGAUUCCUGUCGGAGCACGUGUGGGUGUUGACCCCUUCCUCUUCUCCAUCGACUCCUGGGAGAGUUAUGACGUGGCCCUACAAGACUAUGACAGAGAGCUGGUGUCCAUCACCGUCAACCUUGUGGACCUGGUGUGGGGGUCAGAGAGGCCUCCAGUGCCAAAUGAGCCCAUUUAUGCCCUGCAGGAGGCAUUCACAGGGAGCACCUGGCAGGAGAAAGUAGCUGGCAUCCGUAGCCAGAUGCAGAAGCAUCCUGAGGCCCCAACUGCCGUCCUUCUGUCCGCACUGGAUGAGACAGCCUGGCUCUUCAACCUGCGUGGCAGUGACAUCCCUUAUAAUCCCUUCUUCUAUUCCUACACGCUGCUCACUGACUCCUCCAUCAGGUUAUUUGCAAACAAGAGUCGCUUUAGCUCUGAGACCUUGCAGUACCUGAACUCUGGCUGCACGGGUCCCCUGUGUGUGCAAGUCGAAGACUACAGCCAAGUCCGUGACAGUGUCCAGGCUUACACCUCAGGAGAUGUGAAGGUCUGGAUCGGGACCAGCUAUACCUCAUAUGGGCUCUAUGAAGUGAUACCCAAGGAGAAGCUUCUAGCAGACGCCUACUCUCCAGUGAUGGUGACCAAGGCGGUGAAAAACAGCAAGGAGCAAACCCUCCUCAGGGCCAGCCAUGUGCGGGAUGCUGUGGCUGUGAUCCGCUACUUGGUCUGGCUGGAGAAAAAUGUGCCCCAAGGCACCGUGGAUGAGUUCUCAGGGGCAGAACAACUGGAGAAGUUCCGAGGAGAGGAAGAUUUCUUCUCUGGAUCCAGUUUUGAAACCAUCUCUGCAAGUGGCCUGAAUGCCGCCCUGGCCCACUACAGCCCCACCAAAGAGCUGCACCGCAAGCUGUCCUCUGACGAGAUGUACCUGCUGGAUUCUGGGGGACAAUACUGGGACGGGACAACAGACAUCACCAGGACAGUCCACUGGGGUACCCCCUCAGCUUUCCAAAAGGAGGCAUACACCCGUGUGUUGAUAGGAAAUAUCGACCUGUCCAGACUCGUCUUCCCAGCUGCUACCUCAGGGCGAAUGGUGGAGGCCUUUGCCCGCAAAGCCUUGUGGGAUGUUGGGCUCAAUUAUGGUCAUGGGACAGGCCACGGCAUUGGCAACUUCCUAUGUGUGCACGAGUGGCCAGUGGGAUUCCAGUCCAACAACAUUGCCAUGGCCAAGGGCAUGUUCACUUCCAUUGAACCUGGCUACUACCUGGAUGGAGAAUUUGGGAUCCGUCUGGAAGAUGUGGCCCUUGUGGUAGAAGCAAAGACCAAGUACCCAGGGACCUACCUGACCUUUGAAGUGGUAUCCUUGGUACCCUACGACCGGAACCUCAUUGACGUCAGCCUGCUGUCCCCUGAGCAGCUCCAGUACCUGAACCGCUACUACCAAAUCAUCCGUGAGAAGGUGGGCCCGGAGCUGCAGCGGCGCCAGCUUCAGGAGGAGUUCUCCUGGCUACAGCGGCACACAGAGCCCCUGACCGCCAGGGCGGCGCCCACCGCCUCCUUGGCCCCUCUGGUGACUGUCUCUGCUCUUGCUAUCCUAGGCUGGAAUGUCUAG